AUGCGUCGGAUGACAAUAGAAUCGGAUAUNUUGUGUUCCACAGAUGCAGCUUCGAGGCUGGAUCCGUGUACUGGUAUGGAAUUGGUUGAGAAAGUGGACACUGCUACCUGGCUGGAUCCGUGUACUGGUAUGGAAUUGGUUGAGAAACUUCCCACAGAUGCAGCUUCGAGGCUGGAUCCGUGUACUGGUAUGGAAUUGGUUGAGAAGGUGGUUAAAUUAGGCAAGAUGGUUCACAAUACUUAUAAAAGUAUGUACCAAAUUAGGUUGUGUUCCGACGCAGCUUCGAGGCUGGAUCCGUGUACUGGUAUGGAAUUGGUUGAGGAAGUGGACACUGCUACCUGGAUAGAAUGUGCCACGGAUUUGAUCCCAUUGAUUCCGAGGAAAAUGGAUUCGGAUAUAAAGAAAUUAAGGUUGUGUUCCACAGAUGCAGCUUCCAGGCUGGAUCCGUGUACUGGUAUGGAAUUGGUUGAGAAAGUGGACACUGCUACCAGGCUGGAUCCGUGUACUUGUAUGGAAUUGGUUGAGAAACUGAGACACUGCUCUACCUGGUUAGCAUGUGCCACGGAGUUGAGCCAAUUGAGUCGGAUGAAAAUGGAAUCGGAUAUAAACGAGGCUGGAUCCGUGUACUGGUAUGGAAUUGGUUGA